AUGGCUCAGCCUAGUCAUCAAGACAUUGACACGAAGGCACCAUCUUUUGAGAUCACCUCCCCCAAAGAUGAAUCAACAGAUCUGGUAGAGCCCCAAGACACAAGCAGAAACAUCGGUAUAUGGGAAGCCCUAACCCAACGCACCAAACCCGCCGAUCUCGACGCCAUCGCCACAGAGCGCAGCGUCUUCGACGAUCCGCAUCUCUCCCAAUUCUACCAACCCCCUCCAGAGUACGAAAACUUCCAUCGCUUCGACCCCAACGAGCGAUGGACGUACCGCGAAGAAUACGCCGUCCGCCGCAAAACAGACCUAAAGAUCUUUAUCUGGAUCCUCGUCAUGUUCUUUGGUCUUAACAUCGAUCGCGGAAAUCUCGGCAACGCAGCUGCUGAUAAUUUACUCGACGAUCUUGGCCUCAACACCAACGACUUUAAUAAUGCGCAGAACAUGUAUCGUAUUGGUUUUCUCGUCGCGGAGAUUCCGUCGCAGAUGAUCGGCAAGCGUCUUGGUCCUGAUCGCUGGAUCCCUGUUCAGAUCAUCCUCUGGAGUUUAGCGUCGGGAGGGCAAUUUUUCAUGCAUAACCGUGCGGGUUUCUUUGCGUGUCGUUUUUUCAUCGGCUUGUUCAUGGGCGGUUUCAUUCCAGACUCGAUUCUUUAUCUCUCGUACUUUUAUAAAAAGACCGAGAUGCCUAUUCGUCUUGCGCUCUUUUGGUUUGUGGACUCCAUGUCUGGUGUUGUUGCUUCGUUCAUGGCCUACGGUAUCCUACACAUGCGUGGUGUCGCUGGCCGGGAAGGCUGGCGCUGGCUAUUCCUUUUGGAAGCUUUGGUCAGUCUGGUAGUUGGCGUCCUGAGUUUUCUCUUCCUCGUGCCUGGACCAACACAGACUAAGACGUGGUGGAAUCCUGGUGGCUACUUUACCGAGCGUGAGGAGAAGAUCAUUGUCAAUCGUGUUCUUCGUGAUGAUCCGUCCAAGAGCGGUAUGCACAACCGCGAACCAAUUACAUUGGGAAUGCUUUGGAAGAGUCUUAAAGAUUAUGACCUCUGGCCUGUUUAUGCUAUUGGUAUACUGUUUGAGAUUCCGACUGCGCCGCCGAAAACGUACCUGACAUUAUCGCUUCGAGCUUUGGGCUUUAGCACUUUCAACACUACGCUCUUGGCGAUUCCAGCUACAGUUUUUGCUGCUGUCAACAUGCUUUGGAUCACCUUUCUCACCGAAAAGUUCCACCAGAUCGCGUUAUUUGGCUUACUUACCCAGCUCUGGGUCCUCCCAUUGCUCAUCGUCGAGUAUACAUCGGUCCAGAAUCUAUCGCAUUGGGCUCAAUACGCUGUUGCAUUCUUGAUCAUCGGCCAACCGUCCGUCCAUGCAGCUCAAGUCGGUUGGUGUUCCAGGCUUUCCGGGUCAGUGCGAACACGAGCCAUCAGUGCGGCUUUAUACAAUAUCACCAUCCAAUUGUCGGGCAUUGCGUCGUCCAACAUUUAUCGGGAGGAUGACAAGCCACUCUAUCAUCGUGGAAACAAGAACUUGAUUGGUAUCACGGCGGGGACUAUCUUUGCAUAUGCUUUUGCCAAGGGCUAUUAUACCUACCGAAAUAAGUCUAAGAGGAGCAAAUGGGAGAGCAUGACUGCUCAUGAAAAGGCGAAUUACCUCAAUAAUACUGGCGACCAGGGCAACAAACGUUUGGACUUUUUCUUCGAUAGUUAA